CCAGCUGGGGCGAGGAUUUCAGUCACAGCGAAGACCCCUGGAAGCUGCAGGAGAGGAGAUACCACGUUCGGCUGGAUAAGACCGCGAAAGCCGCCACAAACCUGUAUGUGUUUAUAUCCACCACACCAACUCCAGCAGAGAGCUUUAUCAGGGGGGGAGAGAAAGGGUGGCACCAACGACGGACGGAAGAGGACGCACCACAGCCAGAGCGCACAGUGUUGUGUUUGUUGGACACACACAUGCCAGCGAAAACUAGCACUAUCCAGACCUAAGGAAUUGCUUGAGAUUAGAAGACACCGCUGUUUGGUGGGUGGUUUUUUUUUAAUCCCACCGAGGAGAUCCAAGGGUUUUCUGUAUUGCUCUGGGGAUUUUCGCCUUCUUUGCUCUAAGGGAAUGCGAGGGGAGGAAAUCCAGCCUCAGCUCCAAAUAUCUAGAGACUCCUAACUGGGUCUCCUCUCCAAACGCAGGAAAUACGGCCUGGGAUAAAAGUUUGGGAGCUUUUUGGAAAGUGGAGGAGGCUUGUGGCGGACGACUUGCACACGUUUUGCGACUUUUUAAAACCGGGAACGUUUUCUGCUUUUGGCGCUUCUGGUUUUCUACAGAGGAGGAGAAGAAAAGCAUUAAGAUGUUACACGCCGUCGGUGUUGUUAUUUGCAACAGUUUUGAUCAUCACUAUUUAUAGACCAGCCUGUUCCGACCGAGGGUGUUCCUCAUAGCUGUAUGUUUUGCCAACUGCGCGCAACAAGUUGCAGACACUCCCAGCAGAGGCAAACCUACGCUAAUUUGGGCCAGCGGAUGGUAGCCUAUUUUCUGCUCUUCUCUGUUCUGAUCAUGCGUCUUUGAAUAGCGCAUACCCCCUCCCCGAGCCCCUCUUUGGAAGGCAGAGGGGAAACAAACGGUGGAGAUCCGGAGAGGGAGUUCAGGAAAGGACGGGGCUGGAUCCGUGGGAAUAGGCCUGCCUGUCAGGCCUCUUAUGAUCUGGGUUUUGGACUGGACAGGACUGCGAAAUAACUCGGUGUGGAAUAUUUGCAAGGGCCCGCUGUAAAGAUAAAAGGGGAAUAUAUGGGAAUAAGAAAUGCAAAUCCUUAGCAGCCUGAGCCAUGCAAUGACAGUGGAUGUAGUGGAAGGUAAAGCCGCAUUCAUUACAGAGCUUAAUGACAAACUUUAAAAAGGAAAUAAGGGAAUUAAACGUUUGCCCUUAUUUUAGGCAAACAAGAAUUUAAAUAUUUAGUACUUAAAAACAUACAUUCUGUGUAAAGGGAGAAUAAAGCUCAUACAUUACCUUUUUGAAAACAGUUUACUUCUUUUGAUCCUUUACAAUGAGGGAAUUUAAAGUGUCCACGCGUUUUCGUGUCAGCACUACUUGUUCAUAACACAGACUUUAGGGGUUUUUGUUGUUUUUUUAAACAAGGAGUGUAAAGGGAUCAUUUGUCCCGCAUGUUGUGGAGAUAAAAAGGGACAGAGUAACUUUUGUAGCCAGAAGCCUGUUGACAGUCUAAAUCUAGCAUCUGCUCACACAAUGAAACAUUCGCCUUGAAUGCUUUCCCCCCUACCAAACAAACAGUGCUAUUGUGGAAUGAGGGAACUCGUAAGGGUUUUUUUCCCUAACGGCAUCUAACUGUAAUGUCAGUAGUACCGAAAUAUUGCGCACACUCAGAGGAGGUCAUUUCCAGUCAUGUAACGACAGGGCCGACUUGAUAAAGGCACAAAAACAGAUGCAUCACUAAAUGCUCCUUUCCGAGAAGGAUGUUCUAUUCAGGAGGCAGAAAGAGUGAUGACGGUGUUUUUACCGCAGCUGGAGAGAAAGCCGGGCUCAUACCCAGAGCCUCUUUGGAGAAGGAUACAUGUAAUGUGAGUACUGACGCAAACCCGGGGUCGGAUAAUGGACUGCUCAAGAAACUGGAACGGCGCGUCUUAUGUGAGUGAGUGUGCGGGCUGCUGCGUGCGUAGCAAAUACGUCUGUCCCGUGCUCACCAUUCAUGCAGUGUGAUUAUUCCAACAAACACCUUUGCUCUCGCUUCCCCUCUGUCUGCCUGUUUGUCACUCCAUCACCGCCGCCUCCUCCCUUCUCUGCGUGCCACUUGUGCCCACGCACCGCGUCUAAUUGCCUGAGCAAUCAUCGGGAGAUAUCAACAUAAAAUAUUAAUAUCUGACACCUCGUCUCCGCGUCACACCAGUCAAUAUGGCCACUCUACAGCAUCAUCGGCAGCUUCUUAUGCGUGACACGGAGGUGGCAUGCGACUCCAGCGGGGACGGCGCCGUGACAGUGCGGAUUACCAACAGUGCGCCACGUGUGCAUCAACAUGAGCCCCUGAGGGCUGCCAACAGUGGAGCAGGAGGAGGAGGAGGGGCUGCUGCCCGUGGGGCUGUGAAUAAAACGAACCCUAACACCCACAAAUGCAGCAUCUCCUCCAGCUGCAGCUCGGCAGACUCCAGACCGGCUGUGACCUCCACAUCCAGGGUUCACAGGAAGGUACCGCAACUGUUUGAACGCUCUGCUGCUCAGUGCUGGGACCCCAAGUUCGACUCUCCCAUCCUGGAGGAGGCGUGCCAAGAGAGGUGCUUUCCUCAGACCCAGCGGCAGUUCCGUUAUGUGCUGUUCUACCUGGCAGUAGCAUCUGUGCUCUGGGGGGUGUACUUUGGGGUCAGAAGUGACUGCUGCAACCCCGUCACCUUCCUAACCCCUACAGCCUUCUUUUUAGUCUUACUAGUGCUCCUUUUUUUGUUUACUUUCACAAAGUCAUACACGUUGCUGUACAACCAAACCUCCUUGCUCCUGAUAGCGUUUACCUUCGCCAUCACAUUAGCUCCACAGAUACAAACCGAUGGCUACACUGGGCUGGAGAGGGCCGGUGGUGGGAAUGCCUCACAUCCCUUACAGGACAGCACACCAGUAUGUUCAUCCCCUUGUAUUUCCUCUGUGGGAACCUUUUCUUUGUGCAUGGAGGUGCUGUUGAUUUUAUAUAGUGUCCUCCAUGUCCGCCUGUAUGCCUCUGUGAUGUUGGGGCUGCUGUAUUCUAUAUUAUUUGAGGCAUUAGGAUGGCUGCCGUUCCUUCAAAAGACUUCUGACACUCUCCGUUGGCUGGGACCCGCCAAAGCUCUGCUCCAUUUGUGUGCCCAUGUGAUUGGCAUCCAUUUGUUCAUUAUGUCAGACGUGCGUUCUCGCAGCACGUUUCUCAAAGUGGGCCAGGCUAUCAUGCAUGGCAAGGACUUAGAGGUUGAGAAGGCCUUGAAGGAGCGCAUGAUCCACUCAGUCAUGCCACGACCGGUCGCAGACGAGCUGAUGAAGCAGGGUGACGAUGAGGGCGGUGGUGAGAACUCUGGAAAGAGAUAUUCCUCUGGUGCCUGCUCAGCCUCAGCAGUUUCAGUGAGUGGCGGAGGGGGCAGUGGAGCUUCACAAUCCCAAAGUGUCACAAACUCCAAGAAUAACCCCCACAACAAUCACAAACGCAAAAAGACCUCAAUCCCUAGUGGGCAGAUAAUAUUUAGGCCUUUCAACAUGAAACGCAUGGACCCUGUCAGCAUCCUUUUCGCAGACAUUGUGGGUUUUACCAAAAUGUCUGCCAACAAGUCGGCACCGGCCUUGGUGGGCCUUCUCAAUGACCUUUUUGGACGUUUCGACCGGCUCUGUGAGCUAACCUGUUGUGAAAAGAUCAGCACUCUGGGUGAUUGCUAUUACUGCGUAGCAGGCUGCCCUGAGCCCAGACCGGACCACGCCUACUGCUGUGUAGAGAUGGGCUUAGGCAUGAUCCAAGCCAUCGAGCAGUUCUGCCAGGAGACACGUGAGACGGUCAGCAUGCGUGUUGGAGUCCAUACAGGCACCGUCCUGUGUGGGAUUCUUGGAAUAAAACGCUUUAAAUUUGACGUAUGGUCAAAUGAUGUCAAUUUGGCUAACUUGAUGGAGCAACUGGGUGUGGCAGGAAAGGUUCACCUAUCAGGAGCCACUGCCGGAUUCCUGGAUGACCGUUACCUGAGAGAAGAUGGACGUGUGGCAGAGAGAGCCGGGCCGAGCGUGAUGGAGAAACUGAAGGAACUGAAAACCUACCUGAUAUCAGGGAGGAAGCCGGAUCAUGAUGUGCAGUGUGGCUGUUCUCAGAUGGCACUGCCAGGUGAGGAUUUUGAAGGAGUCAGCCGCUCCUCCUGUCCUCCCACCCACACACCAGACCUCAUACCUGGAGGGGCGAAGGCCGCUGAGCCUCCUUUGCCACACCAACCACCUGACCGGAUUGGGCCUCCCUGUGUGUUUCAUAACACGGUCCUGUCUUCCGUGGCAGAGCAGGGUGAUGAUGUGGCUGUGCUGAAUGGCUGCCAGGAAGAGCACAAGAUUAGCAGUGCCAAGUUUAUCCCAGGUCACAGCCCCAGGGCAGUCAACGGCCUGCUGAGUCCACCGCUGGAGGAACCAGUGCGGGCCAGUCAGAGUUCUCUAUGUGACACGGGAACUGGCACCAGUCUCGGCAUGGCUGGGGGCACGGGGGCAGCAGGUACAGGCAUGGAUCACUCUGCCUUGAUACAGUUGCGUGCCAAGAACUACAGACAGAAGAGCGACGCCCAUUUCGUGGAUGUUAUAGGGGAGGACAGUCUAAUGAAGGAUUACUUUUUCAAACCACCCAUCAAUAAGAUCAGCCUUAACUUUCUAAAGAGCCCUCUGGAAAAAGCCUAUCGGAGCAGCUACAAGAAAGAGGUCAGAAACAUGGUUCCGGUGCAGACUUUUGCAAGCACUACCUUCAGCUCCUUAUUGGAUGUCCUCCUCAGCUGUUUUGUCUUCCUGGCCCUCACCCUGGCCUGCUUUCUUCCACCUCUCAUGAGCUCAUCCACUCCGGCUACCGCUGCCCUGGCCUUGGCUCCCCUGGCCGGUCUCUUUGAGCUGGCGUCCUUGGUGCUCUCCAUACGCAUGGCCUUCUACUUGGAGGAGGUGAUGAGCUGUACUCACUCCCUCCUCCUGGUAGUUUCUGGCUGGGUCUCUCGUCACGUGAUCGGUGCCGUGUUGGUCUCUCUCCCUGCCAUCUCUGUCUUGUCCCACCUCACUUCAGGUGAUCAGCUGCAACCUCAGGUGACCAUGUUCCUGUGCUGUGCCACCAUCCUGGCCAUCAUCCAGUUUUGUAACUUCUGUCAGCUGAGUUUCUGGAUGCGCUCAAUCCUGGCCACUGCUACAGGGGUUGCUUUGCUGCUGCUGCUGUUGUUGUGCAGUCCUCUGGAUGGGGAAAGCUCGAGUAAUAACAGCUUAGCAGUUCAAGGACCAAACACCUCAACAUUGAUUGACGGCAGUUCAGAAAAUGGUCCUAAGAUGUUUUCUGACCUUUUGAUCUCAGAGGCCAUCCUGGCCUUCUUCUUGCUUCUUCUCCUGGUGUGGUUCCUCAACCGCGAGUUUGAGAUCAGCUACCGUCUCCAUUACCAUGGCAACGUCGAGGCUGACAAGCACCGCACCAAGAUCCAGAUGAUGCGAGAUCAGGCUGAGUGGUUACUCGGCAACAUCAUCCCCAUCCAUGUCGCUGACCAGCUCAAGGUGACCCAGAGCUACUCCAAGAACCACGACAGUGUGGGUGUGAUCUUUGCCAGUAUUGUGAACUUCAGUGAGUUUUAUGAAGAGAGCUAUGAAGGUGGAAAAGAGUGCUACCGUGUCCUGAAUGAGCUGAUUGGAGACUUUGACGAACUCCUUCGCAAACCUGAAUUCUCAAGCGUGGAAAAAAUCAAGACAAUCGGGGCCACCUACAUGGCUGCGUCGGGACUGAACGUCGAGCAGAUGGCUGAGAAUGAAUCGGAUUCUCCGCAUGCUCACCUCAUGGCCCUUUUCAACUUUGCCCUUGAGAUGAUGGGAGUCCUGGAUGAUUUCAACAAGAAUAUGCUAGGCUUUGGGUUUAAGCUCCGCAUUGGAUUUAACCAUGGUCCCCUGACGGCAGGGGUCAUCGGCACCACAAAGCUACUCUAUGACAUCUGGGGAGACACAGUAAACAUUGCCAGUCGCAUGGACUCCACCGGCGUGGAGUGUCGGGUGCAAGUGAGCGAGGAAAGCCAUGCUGUGCUCAGUGCCAUGGGUUUAGAGUUUGACUAUAGAGGUACUGUGAAUGUUAAGGGCAAAGGUCAAAUGAGGACUUUCCUUUACCCAAAAAGUGGGGAAAGUAUAUACCAGGAUCAAGCAGAGCAGGCUGUAAGAGUUGGACCCUCGUCCCUGGUAUUACCUGCCAGUGAGACUUCAGUUGCCCAGCCUGUGGCUGCCCCUUCCACCUCUUCCACUCCUCCCUCCUCCUCUCUUUCCACGCUCUCUACUCAACCCCAAUGUGCUGUAAGGCCUCCAGGAGUAGGCCCUGAGCCUGUCUCAGUUAAGCCCACAGAAGUGAGGGAGGAAGGAUAUAGGGACGCUGGACAGCCCCCUGCCACAGACGUUCACACCCCUCCCCAUUCUGAACUAGGCCCAGAGCCCAGUGGUGCACAAGGCCCCUCCCAGGUGCAGCCAGCUCCUCUCGCGCUUCAAGAAGAGGAGGAUGAAGAUGAGGAAGCGAAUGAGCUAACUAAACUCAAUGAGGAGUUUUAUGCUCGUCUCUGAUCCCUUCUGUCUCCUCCCGCAGUCUUCUAUUCCUCUUACUGCCCCCAGCUGCUGCCUCCCCAGGACUGAUUACUGAUGUUGGCGGGAUGUCUUUUCCUUUAAGCAAGUGUCUUUGGCAUGGAAGACAGACUGGUCACGUCAAAAACAAAACCGGUGGAUGCAGUGGCUAUAAGAUUGUACUCGAUGUCUUUCAUGGGAGUGUUGCCUGAGUCCUGGGGCGGGUUUUACCUGUGUUGAGCACAGCAGUUUAUGAUGGCGAACAAGCUGAAAAGGGAAAGAGGGAUUUGUUGGUGGUGUUGUUGUUGAUGCUUUUGUUAUUAAGUGCCUUCAGGACUAGAACAGUGAACAAAAAUAUGAAUACUGAACAAGUUUUAACAAUGUUUGACUACAGAACAUGCUGUGGUUUCUUAUUUCAUGCUUUUAUUUUGAAUGCAAGUAUUUCUUACAGAAAUCAUUAUUGUUGUGCCAUAUCAACUGUUUUAACUUGAUCAAAGUCCUGACCUUACUUAAGGGAAAAUUAUUUUAGAUUUUAUAUAAGUGCCAAUGCAGAAUGACAGGUGGAGCAGGAAACUUUGGGAAGAAUGAGGGAAUCACAUGAAGCAGUGUUAAUUUAUGUAUUGUGCUUUGACAUCAGGGCUUAAUACAGUAUUCAUUUGUGCCAGAGUCUCACUUUCAAGGGACAUGCAGGCUGCAGAGAUUUUAGUUUGUGUAGCAGCUCAAUGCACAUAUUAAGCAAAGGUCUUGCACAGUGUUUUUCUUUUUUUCGACCACUUGUAUUCAGUAGUUAUUACCAAUAAAUAGCUUUUAAGAAACUUUAAACAGAGGUGAGAGAAUCAAAAGCACAAAAUCUAAUCAGAUAAGGGACAGAUAAGGUGGUUUGAAAAAGUGAGACCAUCACAAAUGCAGGAAGGCACUUUAAAUAUACUGGGAUCUGUCUUUCAGGUAUUAAACGCUCACCUCUCGCACACAUGUCCAAUUUUACAGGUAGUGUAAAAUUGUCUCGAUGCGAGCUAGCUGAUAUUUCAGCUUUUUCUUUGAUCAGCAACCACUCCUUUAUAUGGCGGGCUGCUUGGAAGACCAAAUAUCUUUCUGGUGAUAUUUUGUAUUUUUGUUUUGACCAAAUAAAAAGAAUGAAGAGGAAGCCAGCAGCGUGUUGGCCUGUCUCUGAAUACUGCCACUCUCCCAUUUGCUCCUACUGGAAUCCUGAUAAAUAGCCAAAAUACGAGAAUCACUCAUUCAAACUACCAUAAAUUGAAUACUCCCAUUUACCAUACUCACAUUCACACCAACAACACAGAUUUCACUCAUUAUUAAUUAUAAGAGAGUCCUAAUAAUGCUGGGAGGUAGUAUGAUACUUGCAAGUAUUGGCAGCAUUGGCAGCUUUAAUUUUGUUUUCAUUGGAGUCAAUAAGUCAAAUACAGAAUAUCACCAUUCCUGUCUUCUGAUGAGGUGAGCGCUUGAUACUUGAAGGAUUUCAGGUGAAGUAUAACUUUAAAUGGGACUGUGAGGGACAAUCACUGCAUAGUUCUUGGUCAGUGAUGGGGUGGUCCACAGGCUGUUGGCGUGGGUUUAAAUUUAGAGAUGAGUGACAGUUUCCACAGUACUGUGUGUAAAACCUCAGACUCAAAUCUUGUGACUUUUCUUUAAUUUCUGUUGCCUUCAUUGCUAAAAGAAAAAAAAAAUCUAAACAAUGGUCAGCCCAUCUGUGCAGAUUACCCAACAGAUCAUUGUCGUCUGCCUUUAUCUUUGUGAUUUGCUGUUGAAAGAUUGGGACUUAUUACCUUGAUCCUGUCACAGUCUUUUCACCAAUCGGGGCCUCUACUGAAUUAAUAAAAUUGUGCCACUUUAAUUGAGUGAUUAUGGGUGCAGUGCAGCCUAAUCUAGCUGAUUGUUUGUGGUGCCUGAAAGUAUGACUGUAUUAUUUUUUUUAGUUUUUGGUUUCCAGAAAGUUUUUCUUCUUUCAUUUUUUUUUUUUUUUUUUAAUUUUUUUUUUUACCAAGCUGUCAUUAUGCAGAGGAUAGAUUGUGAUUGUAUAUUUGAGAAAAUUAAUGGUCAUUGUGUGCAGGUUUUGUUUCUUUUUUGAUAAAUUCCAGAUAUUUUUUUUGUGCUUCUUUCCAGUUCUUUCCUGCUGACACAAACCAGCCAUCUGGAAAAGUGUGGUGGUGCUCCCAUUAAAUCGCUUGCUCGUUUCUCUUUUCUCUUUCCUCACUUCGUGCUUUGUCUUUUCUCCUGAAAGCACGUGUUUCUCUCUUAUAUUUCCUAAGUGUGUGAGAAAUAUAAGGUUUUACGUCAACUCAAUCAUAUAAAAAAGAUAGAAAUGGGGACAGUUUGCUAUUGCCUUAUCCAUAGAUUAUUCAUUUUCAGCUUUCACCACCACAUGUUUAAAAAAUUAGUCAGCAGUUGGGUUAGAUGGACUUUCUCUGUUCAGAAAUCUGUCCACAUGCAAAAAUGCCAAAAUGACAAGAAGGAUGAGUUAUGUAGCUGUCGGGACCUGUAGCAAAACAUGUUUAUUUACCUCUUUCACUAAGCUCUCUGGACAUACACGGCCUGUGCCUUUUGAAUGUGGACUAUGUUUAAUCAUAGCAUCAACUAUCAUAAUCGUUGUAGCAUUAAUACCCUGAAAUUCCAAAGAGGUUUCUCCAGAAGCCGUCACUGCAGACGCUGAAAUAGUUAAAUGAGUCCUGCUUUUGUUGCCCAGAAUCAUUAUUUUUUGAAAGAUUUACACUACUUGUGCAUUUUCUCCACUUGCUCUUGUUUGCCAAAUCUAAUGAAGCAUAGCACACAAUGUAACACAAAUAAAGGAGAAUAUCGAGUAUCAGCUGUGAAGGAAAGUUCACCGUCUUGUUGCCUUGCGUUGUUAGAUGAUCUAUGGGAUUUUUAGGCCAUGUGCCUGCAGCCCUACCAUGCACAGCAGUGACACUAACUAGCCAUAGAUCUGAGGUGGCGUAGGAAGAACUCCACAGGUUUGUGGGUGCACAUCCUCUCCAGUAGCACUAAUCUGUACACACACAUAUAAAUAAAAUAUUACACGCUGCUGACUUAUGUGAUCUGGGGUGCAGUAGGGGGAGAUGUGUGUGAGUGAGACUUGUUUGCAUGUGAGUAGUUUCCUUCUUUGCUAGUCUCCUUAUUUUUUGUUUGAUUCUGUACUAUACUGCCAUCCUAUUUCAUUUCAAUGUCAUUCUACAUAUAUGUUAAUUAUUAUGCAGAUAUUUCCAGUAUUCAGGAAAUUCAAAUCACUAAGCUUUGCUCUUUAAAGGUUACCUGAAUACUGUCCUUCUUUGACAGUGUAUUUAUAAAUGAUUUGUUUCAGUUUUGGCAGAAGCUAGUUCUCCCGUUUUAAAAAAGGAUAAGUUCAUGGCAUUCAGUCAUCUCUUUUUUUUCUUUCUUUUCUUUUUGCAGAAGUGUGAUUCUGCUUUAUGACAGAGAAAUAAGGGAAAUACAUAAAGGCAUAGAGUGUCAGCACUUAAGCAUCACAUUGUCACUCAUUUUAAAUUAUGUCAGCUGCACGUCUUUUCAUUAUAAUUUGCAAGUAAAUUCUACCCGUAUGUGUUCUAAGUUACACUGGGACAGAUUUUAAACAGUGUUGUUUGAUUUGAAAUGUAUUUGUUUUAUGUUCAUGAAUGAGAUGUAUAAUGUACGUUUUGUGCACAUUACCCAUGUAUCAUUUAUCAACACGUGAUAGUAAUCUGUACACAUUUGCACAAAGCGCUCAGUGUUUGUACAUAUGCAGUUAUUUUGUCACAUAUGAUUUUUUUUUUAUACAUGUGCAUGUGU